CGUUUUUCGGGAGAAACGUUGAUUGAUGUGAGGACCGAGGCGGAGUCGUUUUGCGUCGCGAACGGGACGGUCGCGGAGUUCGCAGAGGCUGUCUACCGAAAGGUCGCGGAGUCGAUGAAGUCCGAUCACUUGGUAGAACCAGAGGCGGUGAAGCUACUUGUGGGAAACGAUAAUUUCGAAGUCGCUAAGUUGAUGACUAUGUCCGAGCAGAAGAUGACUCCGUUUUUUGGUGAACGUUUUGCAGGACAGGAAUCUUCAUGCAUGAUCAUUGUUGCUGACGACGAGGACGCGUUCGAAAGUGUCAGGACGUUCAUGAAGAACACGAAUCUAGCUCGGCUUUACAGCAACCCCGCUAGGGACAGCGUUGAGAUCUUGCGCGAAACGCUUCGCCAGGUACACACGAAAACGAAGCUCAAGGAUAUCGUUGAAGAAGCCCCUUCGGUUAUUUAUUUUGGCGGUCCAUUGAUGCAACGCGAUUAUCUUCGAGAGACAUUACACAAG